CUCUGUCAGUUAUCCCAAAUCCAACCAGAAGCCCACACGACUCCCGAUCCUAUCAGUUAGCGGUGGCCUGACCGGCGGCUAGCCGGAUUUUACUUGCGGCUGCCGCCGCCCGCCCGCCUUCGGCCGUGCUCCCCCACCGCAACCUCCAGGUUCACUACUACCAGGGACUUCCUUGAAUUGUCGAUGAGCGCCCGAGCGAGCCCGUGACGGAAGCGGCCCGGUUGCUCCGAAGCUCCGUUCUACGCCAUGCUCGCCGCCGCCGCCACGGCGGUGGCCAUCCCUCCGGCGGCUUCUCAUUGUUUUCCAGCAAAUACGGCCAGGAAAUGGAGGAUUUCCUGGAGAUGUCGGGCGGCAAGAGUCGAGGCUGGGUACUCCCAAUUGGAGGUGAGAAAAGUCACCUAUCGACCUCCUGGAACUGAACAGAACUUAUUGAAGGAAAUUAACCUCUCUCUUCGGGAGAAAAGUUUUGGUUUGAUAUUUGGACGGAGUGGGAGUGGAAAGACCACCCUUUUGCAGCUUUUGGCUGGUCUAUCAGAACCUACCUCUGGGUCUGUUUGCAUUCAGAAGUAUGAUGAUACUGGGAAUCCUAUUGGCUUGCCCGAACUGCUAACUUCUCAACGAGUUGGAAUUGUAUUUCAGUUUCCUGAGAGGUAUUUCUUAGCAGAUACUGUACUUGAAGAAGUUACUUUUGGAUGGCCGAGGCAAAAGGCAGACCUCCGAUUAAAAGAACAGCUCGCUUUAAAUCUUCAAAAUGCCUUUAACUCGGUUGGUCUGACAACCAUCUCAUUAGAUGAAGAUCCACAAGCUCUAAGUGGUGGAUUUAAGAGGCGACUUGCUUUAGCAAUUCAACUGGUUCAAACUCCUGAUUUGUUGCUGCUUGAUGAGCCUCUUGCUGGUCUAGAUUGGAAGGCUCGGGCUGAUGUUGUGAAUCUCUUAAAGGACCUGAAGAAAGAACAUACGAUACUGGUUGUAAGUCACGAUCUAAGGGAACUAUAUCCACUAGUUGAUUACUCAUGGCGAAUGGAAAUGGGGGGAAGUUUGAAGGAGGAAGGUUUGCCUGUGUAAACAUGUUCUUGUCGGUAUAGCUGUCAGACAUGGUGGCAUGUGCAUAUGGUCAUCUGAAUCUAGUAAGAUCAACUACUUUUAAACUUAGAUUUUGCCAGCUCGGAAAUUUCUUGAAGAUACAAUGGAGUCAGAGGUGCAUAUAAAUGAGUUUUUUGGUAAUACAUGGUGACUUGUGCAGGUUGAGAAUCGGCAGAUGAAAAAUGCUAGAAAAGUUCAAUAGAUGGAUCAUGAAUGUUAGUUCUGAACUUUGACUGCUGAAAUGAAGAACAGUCUGUGAUGCAGACAUUGUCGAGGUACCGUGAUCGUUGAACGGUGCUGUUGAAAUUUAGAUUCAGGAUCUAGGGAUAGCUCCUUUGUUGCACUUGCACACAUUGGUAGCAAGGGUUGCAGAAGGCCUGUACACUUUGAAAGGUGGGGUCAAAAUGAUGCUGAUGAUGGUUUGUAAAUGAUUUUCUUUGUUGACAUUUACACUGUAGAGAUUCAGAGAACAUCAUUUACUUGCACUAUCAAUAGUCAGCAUCAUCAAAAUUUGUUGUUCCUUACAAACUUAUUUGUCUGGAAGAAUAUAUUGCGCACAUGUGGAGUGGAGUAGAUUCUUUUCCUCCAAAGAUCUU